GUGGGGAGCGCUGAGUGGACGCGGGAAUUGCGCAUGUGCAAAGUGAGGCGCGAAGCCGCGAGGCGCUGGCAGAGCGCUGAGGGCAGCACUGCGCGUGCGCUGAGAGCGCGGCGCGUGCGCGCUGAGCCGGGUGAGGCGCUGGUGCAUGCGCAGAGCGCCCCCGGCGGGAAGGCCAGAGGGACCAUGGCGGCGCCGUGGGAAGCGCUGAGGGCGGCGAUGGCCGCGGUGCUGCUGCUGGGCUGGGGGGCGCACGGGCUCUACUUCCACAUCGGAGAAACCGAGAAGCGCUGCUUCAUCGAGGAGAUCCCCGACGAGACCAUGGUCAUCGGCAAUUACCGGACACAGCUGUGGGACAAACAGUCCGAGUCCUUCCUGCCCUCCACCCCCGGGCUGGGCAUGCACGUGGAGGUCAAGGACCCCGACGGAAAGGUGGUGCUGUCACGGCAGUACGGCUCCGAGGGGCGCUUCACGUUCACGUCGCACACGCCGGGCGAGCACCAGAUCUGCCUGCACUCCAACUCCACCCGCAUGGCGCUGUUCGCCGGGGGCAAGCUGUGGGUGCACCUGGACAUCCAGGUGGGCGAGCGCACCAGCUACUCAUGGCUGGUGCCAUGGUGGUGCCAUGGUUGGACAAUGGUUGGAGCCAUGGUGAUGCCAUGGUUGGAGCCAUGGUUGGUGCCAUGGUUGGAUGAUGGUUGGAGCCAUGGUUGGUGCCAUGGUUGGAUGAUGGUUUGGAGCCAUGGUGGUGCCAUGGUUGGAGCCAUGGUUGGAGCCAUGGUGGUGCCAUGUUUGGAUGAUGGUUGGAGCCAUGGUGGUGCCAUGGUUGGAUGAUGGUUGGAGCCAUGGUGGUGCCAUGGUUGGAUGAUGGUUGGAGCCAUGGUUGGAGCCAUGGUGGUGCCAUGGUUGGAUGAUGGUUUGGAGCCAUGGUGGUGCCAUGGUUGGAUGAUGGUUGGAGCCAUGGUUGGUGCCAUGGUUGGAUGAUGGUUGGAGCCAUGGUGGUGCCAUGGUUGGAUGAUGGUUGGAGCCAUGGUGGUGCCAUGGUUGGAUGAUGGUUGGAGCCAUGGUGGUGCCAUGGUUGGAUGAUGGUUGGAGCCAUGGUUGUUGCCAUGAUUGGUGCCAUGGUUGGAGCCAUUGCUGGUGCCAUGGUUUGGAGCCAUGGUUGGUGCCAGCCCCGUGCCCUCUCCGCAGCGGGUGCACCUGGACAUCCAGGUGGGCGAGCACACCAACAACUACC